CAUGAUCUUUGCCAAACUGUAAAUUACAAACUUUUGGCGUUGGCAUUAAAUCUUCCCUACAGCUGGAGCUGGGAAGUACCUUAAAAAUAAUUACAAAUUUAAUAUGACCACCACAACAGAGAUUCACUAUAAUAUUAGUGCCCAGACGUGUCGUGUUUGCUUGGAAACUCCCCAGACAAAUGAGGCUGAAGUCUCCCUUUGCCUGCAGGAUGAGAUAGAGUACAACGAUUUGAAAGUGGAACUCUGGCAAUUGCUAGAGGCUGUCUCCAAGGUAAAGUGCACCCGCUUUGAUCCUAUUUGGCCCACACAAAUGUGCCAAAAUUGCACGAGACGUCUGAUUGUGGCCUACGAAUUUAUGCGGGAAGUGGAAAAGUCACAACAAAUUCUUCAGGAGCUAUAUGAGCAAGAAAAGCUUCAACAAGAUGACGAACUGUCGCAGAAUUUGCCCAGCAUAGAUGUGCUACAGGUGUUUCAGAUAGACAUGAAUGACAUUCAGCACCAGACAGUGGUGGAAUCCGAACAAGUUUUUCCUAAUGAUGACGAAUAUGCCAAGGCAGAGCACCAACAAGAGGAUGAUAAUGCUGCAGGGCAAAGUUUCUUAUUCAAGUGUGAAUCUUGUCCACAAGUUUUUGACGAAAGUAAUUCACUGGAACGGCAUACCGCUGUUGCACACAGUCAAACGACCCAAGAGGAUGCAAUGCAAACGUGCCCAUAUUGUUCUCGUAUAUUCAAGCAUCAGGACGGAUUGCGUCGUCAUAUGCUAUCAUUUCAUCCAGUCGAAUGUAAUGCUGAAACUACUUACGAAAGGGAUUCUUUACAAAAUUUUCGCAAGACCAAGCUCCGGCCCAAUAGACCGGACCGUUUGUCCCGACCUAUGCGUUCGUGUCGGCAGGAAACAAUUCAAUGCCAAAAGCAGGUCUACCUGAAGUUGGAAGACCCAUUGAACCACCAAAAGCCUGUUAAUAAGCCACAUCCCUACAAAUGUGGUGUGUGUGGUAUGGAUUUCAAAAGUGGAGCACUUCUAACCGUUCAUCGAAAUAACAUGUCACACUAUAACUACGAAAAAGUCAACUAUGGUGAUCCAUUUGGAGAAAUUCAGAAGAGAACCAAGCAGAUGACAAACGAAAAGACUGAAGGGCUAGUAUAAUCUUCAUUAAAAAUAAAAGACAACUAGGAGACACUUCCAAA